AGCCCCGCGUGCGCUAACUGGACAGCCAAGCGGGCCCCGCCCUGGCCUGUGAUUGAUCACCAAAGAUCACUGUGGCUUUAAUGGUCUGCUUGGAUGAAAAUUAAUUCUGGAAUGGAUAAAUAAUGCAUCAGGAUUUAUGUAGUCCAAGGCAAGCCGGAGCCAGAAGAGGGAGCCGAGGGUGUGACGCCAGUGGCCCCAGGACUCCGAGGAGCUGAGCAUGAAGGGCCACUGGCCAAGAAGAGAAAAGGGAAGCGGAUGGCAGCAUGAUCGGCCCAGCGGGUCUGGCCAGGUGGCUGCAGCAUGCUGAGCCCAAAGAUCAGACAGGCCAGGAGGGCUCGCUCCAAGAGCCUGGUGAUGGGGGAACAAAGCAGGAGCCCAGGGAGGCCCCUGGUCCCCCACAAGCUGGGCCCUGUACUCAAGGCCGGCUGGCUGAGGAAGCAGAGGAGCAUCAUGAAGAACUGGCAGCAGCGAUGGUUUGUGUUACGUGGGGAUCAGCUCUUCUACUACAAAGACAAAGAUGAAAGCAAGCCCCAGGGAUUUAUUUCUCUACAAGGGACACAAGUGGCUGAACUUCUUCCAGACCCUGAGGACCCAGGAAAGCACCUGUUUGAGAUUACGCCAGGUGGUGCCGCAGAGCGGGAGAAGGUGCCAGCCAAUCCGGAGGCGCUCCUGCUCAUGGCCAGCUCCCAGCGUGACAUGGAGGACUGGGUGCAGGCCAUCCGCCGUGUCAUCUGGGCCCCACUGGGCGGAGGGAUCUUUGGGCAGCGACUGGAGGACACGGUGCACCAUGAGCGGAAGUUUGGUCCCCGGCUGGCACCUCUACUGGUGGAGCAGUGUGUGGACUUCAUCCGAGAGCGAGGACUCAGUGAAGAGGGGCUCUUCCGUAUGCCUGGCCAGGCCAACCUGGUGAGGGACCUGCAGGAUUCCUUCGACUGUGGGGAGAAGCCGCUGUUUGACAGCACCACAGACGUGCACACAGUGGCCUCCCUGCUGAAGCUGUACCUUCGGGAGCUCCCAGAGCCCGUCAUCCCUUUCGCCAGGUAUGAGGACUUCCUCAGCUGCGCCCAGCUGCUCACCAAGGACGAGGGGGAGGGGACGGUGGAGUUGGCUAAACAAGUGAGCAACCUUCCUCAGGCCAACUACAACCUGCUCAGAUACAUCUGCAAGUUUCUGGAUGAAGUGCAGGCCCACUCAGAUGUCAACAAGAUGAGUGUCCAGAACUUGGCAACCGUCUUUGGCCCUAACAUCCUUCGGCCACAGCUAGAGGAUCCAGUAACCAUCAUGGAAGGCACGUCUCUGGUUCAGCAUCUGAUGACUGUCCUCAUCCGCAAACAUGGACAGCUCUUUGCUGCCACCUCCCUUGAAGAGCCUGCCUUACCACAUGGUACUGUCCAGGGCACAGUAGAGUGGGGCUCUGAAGAGGUCACCAGGAAUCGCCAGGGUGAGCCUGGCAGCCCUGGCUUGCCCACGCUCAGAACUUCAUCUCUGGAUGGGCCAGCUGCCGCAGUGCUCUCUAGAACUUCCCCGCCGCGCCUUGGCCCCGCAGCCACCAGCCCUGGGAAGAGGAUGCACACUUUGCCUGGCUGGAAGUCUUCUUUUCGGCAGCAGGGGUCACGGUCAGAGAGCCCAAAAGCGGUCAGCUCAUCCUUAGAAGUACCCAUCAUCUCCUCUGGUGGGAACUGGCUCAUAAACGGGCUAUCAUCUCUUCGCAGCCACCGUCGGGCCUCAUCAGGGGACCGCCUUAAGGAUACAGGCUCAGCACAGAGACUCUCCACCUACGACAAUGUGCCGCCAUCCAGCCACUUUUCUAGCACUGCCAGCGUGGCCAGCACGGCAUGGUCUGUAGCCUCGUCCUCCCGAGAGGCCUCUGUCAGCAGCUGCACAGCCUGCCGGGCCAGCAACUCUUCCGCCUGCAGUUCCUUACACACUGAGUGGGCUCUCGAGCCCUCUCCUCUCCCCAGCAGCAGUGAGGGCCACCGGUCCCCGGACCUGAGCCACAGCCUGGAUGAGGCAUGUGUGGGCAGUGGCAGCAGUGAGCCCAAUGACCCAGGCAGCCCCACGCAGGCUCAUGUUCGCCGCUGCCGGGCUCUCCAGGGCCAGGUGGCUGAGCUCAGGGCAGAGCUGUGUCACCAGAGGACUGAGUAUAAGAGGAGCCUGAAAAGCAUCGAGGAGGGCAGUGCUGACCUGCGGAAGCAGAUGUCUCGGUUGGAAGAGGAGCUGGACCAGGAGAAGAAGAAGUACGCCAUGCUGGAGAUCAAGCUCCGGAACUCGGAGCGAGCACGCGAGGACGCAGAGCGCAGGAACCAGCUGCUGCAGAAGGAAAUGGAGGAGUUCUUUGCCACCCUCGGAAGCUUGACUGCCGGGACCAAAGAGGCCAGAGCACCAGAGUGAAAGGAGCAGAGGCACAUGUCUGUCUAUGUCUGCUCACUUUCCCUGCAGGGCUGGCCACAGGCUACAGAGGAAGCUAGAAGCUUCAAGUUUGGGCCAGGCCACCAGCAGGGCCAUCUGCCUCUAAGUGCCAGAUAGAGAGGAGGAGCCUGACACCAGAAUGGGGACUGUCAGGAUCCCACAUAGUCCAGGCAGGAUCUGGAUACUUCUCUAAACACACGGGCUCAGCAUGUGUCAGAGGGGAUAGUGCCAAGAUCAUCAGCAUUGGCCUCUCAUUCAGGAAGGGUCCUCAGUGGCCACCCAAAAGGAUGGCACCUUGAGAGCCCGGCCACCACCAAGAGCUUUAUUAAACGUGCUCUGAAAGCA